AACAAACAAGUAGAGUACAAAUGUCUCAUUUCUUUCUAAAAAAGAAACAAAAGUUUUGUUGUUGUUUCACCAAAUAUUCCACAACUCACAAAUAUAAGAUUUCACUAAGGGAAAAAAAAAAGUCUUGAAAUUUUGUUGAAGAAUUCAAAUGCAAGUUUAGUACUUUUAAAAAUUGUGUCUUACCCCCUUCUUUCUUUUUCCAUCAUCUUCUUCUUUUGGCUUCUUCUCCUCUCAUUUUUAUUCAUCACCAUCUCGUUACUUCUUCUCUCCCAUUUAUUCCAUAACUUUGUGAGCAGCACUCCCCAAAUUUCUCUGAUCCUCAUCUUCUUCUCUGAUUAUCUCUGAUUUUGAGAAACCCUUUUCAGAAUCAUAGUGAUAUCAACCCUUUUUCGUGAUCUUUACUAUCAUAUGUUGAUCCAUUUGAUGCUGAGGAAAUUGGAAUUUCUGAAGUUGCCAUCAUGCUGAUAUAAUAGCAUUGGGCAUUUUCACCAAAUUCGCAAAAUCCACAUUCAAAAUUGAAGGAGUUGGUGGAAGCCUGUUGAACCUCUCCAUGGAAGCAAGAGAAGAUGCAUGCAAGAGGAGAUUACAGAGAAUUAGAGUUAAAGAUAUUGAGAAGCCUUUCCAAAUGUCCUUAUUACAAGAAAGAAGCACAAAAUACAAGCUUCAUCCAAUGAAGUUAGUCCUACUUGUGAUUCUAACAUGCACUAUUCUGAAAAUUCUCUCCUCCCCACCUUCCUGCCCUAAUAGUGGCAUUUCCCGGACUGUUUCCCGGCAACAUUUUGUGAACAGGUGGAUAUGGGGUGGAUUUGAUCCUAGAUACAAAUCAGAUCUUGAUGUCAAUUGGGAUGAGAUCAUAAAAGUCGUACAGAAGAUCCCGGACCAGAAUAGCAUUCACAGAAUCGGCCUUCUUAAUUUUAAUGAAACUGAAAUCUUUCAAUGGAAGCAAGUCAUGCCCUUUGCUGAUCAUACAACCCUGAAUCUAGACCAUGCGGAUAAAAACAUUACUUGGGAUAUCUUGUAUCCUGAGUGGAUUGAUGAAGAACAAGAAGAUGAAGUACCUACUUGCCCGUCUUUUCCAAAGAUUGAAGUUCCUGAAAAGAGGCUUGACCUUGUCGCAGUCAAGCUUCCUUGCCAAAAUAAUGGUAACUGGUCAAGAGAUGUUGCUAGGCUCCAUUUGCAACUUGCUGCAGCUGGUUUAGCAGCAUCUUUCAAAGGGAACCACCCGGUUCAUCUGCUGUUUUCGACCAAAUGUUUUCCAAUACCGAAUCUUUUCCCUUGCAAAGAACUUGUCGCCCGCCAGGGUAACUCAUGGUUGUACGAACCUAAUUUGAAUUCUCUGAGAGAAAAGAUUCAGCUCCCGGUGGGAUCAUGUGAACUCGCGCUCCCCCAUGGCGCCAAUGAACAAGAGUAUGCAGUCAAAAGACCUCGUGAAGCAUACGCGACAAUACUUCAUUCAGCCCAUGUCUAUGUUUGUGGCGCGAUCGCUGCAGCCCAAAGUAUUCGCAUGGCAGGAUCGACAAGGGAUCUUGUUAUCCUUGUAGAUGACACAAUAAGUGAGUAUCAUAGAAGUGGACUUGAAGCUGCAGGGUGGAAAAUCAGGACAAUACAGAGGAUAAGGAAUCCGAAAGCUGAAAAAGAUGCAUACAAUGAAUGGAACUACAGCAAGUUCAGACUUUGGCAGCUGACAGACUAUGACAAAAUCAUCUUCAUUGAUGCUGAUUUACUGAUCCUCAGAAACAUCGAUUUCCUAUUCAAAAUGCCACAGAUUUCGGCUACAGGAAACAACGGUACGCUUUUUAACUCAGGGGUCAUGAUUAUUGAGCCAUCAAACUGCACAUUCCAGCUCCUAAUGGAUCACAUCAACGAGAUUGAAUCCUACAACGGUGGAGACCAAGGAUACUUGAACGAAAUCUUCACAUGGUGGCACAGAAUCCCGAAACACAUGAACUUCUUGAAACAUUUCUGGAUUGGUGAUGAGGAAGAAGCGAAACAGAAGAAGAUCCGCCUGUUCGGGGCAGAGCCACCAAUUCUUUAUGUCCUUCACUACUUAGGCUACAAACCGUGGUUGUGCUACCGCGAUUUUGACUGCAACUGGAACGUCGACAUAUUACAGGAAUUCGCAAGCGACAUUGCUCACAGAAGUUGGUGGAGAGUACACGACGCGAUGCCAAGGAGGUUGCAGGAGUUCUGCCUGUUGAGUUCAAAACAGAAAGCGCAGAUGGAAUGGGACAGAAGGGAAGCAGAAAAGGCAAACUAUACAGAUGGACAUUGGAAACUGAAGGUUAAAGAUCCUCGUCGGAAGAAAUGCAUCGACAGAUUAUGCAACUGGAAGAGUAUGUUAAGGCAUUGGGGUGAGAAAAACUGGACUGAUGAACCAUUUUACUACCCUACACCACCUGCUAUAACCACAGCAUCUCUGUCAAGUUCCUGAGGCUUAAGUCCGAUGCAUCCUUCAAAUGAUUCUUCCAAUUUUUUUUGGGUUUUCUUGUUCUUAUACAUUGUAUUGUGAUUACAGAAGUCACAUAUAGAGUACUAUACAUUCCAUGUUGAAUGGGAUAGGAUCCAUAAAGCUCUUUAAAAAUAGCAUUAUGCUGCCUAGGUUUAUACUAUUUUUUGGUGAAGAGAAUCAUUUUUCUUAGAACUCAAAAUUCCGGUCUCAAAUAAUUCUUCUAAGGUGUUUACUCGGCACCAUAUUGCAUCGCAUUCUGGAUCUAAUGAAAUGCCAUAAAACGCUAUUUUGUUCAAUACUCAAUUAUAGAAAUUCUUAAUCAUUGCUUUACCAAGGAAGGACCCAAAAAAAAGUUGUUACAAUUUUGGAAAGGGUUUUGCACUUGGUUUACUCCAUUUUUGUUUGAAGUUUCCUCUGCUAUCAUAUGGUCAAUUGAAUAAAUGUAACAGUACUAUCCAAAUUUGGUUAGAAGUGCACUUUCUUGAUUGUCACUUCAUGAAAAGAUGCCUAAGAGCAACAUAAAUCCCUUCAAAGUAAGUAAAGCUAGCUACUGCAAAAUUGACCUAAUCUAGCACCUAUCACCACAUAGAUCCUUUUGAGGCAAACUAACCAGGAAGCUAGGAAAAAGAAAAUCAACCCCAAAAAGGUAGACACCCCCCCCCCAAAAAAACUCACAAAUCAGAAGCAUUUUGUGCUCAAAUUAGCAAGUUGACUAGACAAAGCCGAUGAUGACUUUCCCACAACACAAUCAUCCCUCUGUUGAUCACCUUUCCUCAUCACUAAAGGAGUUAGAGCCGUACCCAGUGGGCUAAACUGAUUUACUACUUCUUUAACUUGAUUGAAAGAUACCCUUUGAGGGUUGGCAAGCCAUUUGGAUUGCAUGUAAGCCACUGUCCUCCAUGGAGGGAUAUGAAGACCUCUUUCUUUGAGUGAUUGUUUUGCUUCAGAACAGAGUAUUGAGAUGAUUUUAGAAAGCUUCUGGGCAUCACCAAUGAAAAUGGAAGGCAGCUUGUCACAGAGCUCCUUGUAAGUUGGUGUUGGCCUGGCUAAUUCGAAUUGUGACUUGAAAUCAAUGUCUAAAAUCAGUCGAAUCGAUGGUGAUGAUGAUGAUGAUGAACUUUGAAUCACAACUUCAAUAUACUCAUAAGUCCCUGUUUAUGAGUACAAAAUCAAAAAGGGCUCAGACUUCAGAUUUCAUUACAUCUUUGCUAAUGAAUCAUUUGGUAAAAUGAAGAAAUUAGGAGAAUGGCUUGAGUUCUAUUUUGAUCGAUCCCUUUAAAUGGAAAUCAUUAAAAACAUGGAAAUUGAUAAAGACUUACCUCCAGGGCAACCUGAAAUAGUAAGCCAAGAGGUUCGACAAAGUGAAGCGCCAUGAAAACCAUUCUUUCUGAGUCUCAUCACAAGCCAUUUCUUCAAGCUGGUAGAAUUCUUGUCUGCCGCUUUGAUUUUAUUGAUCCUCAAAUUCUUCAACACACAUCCAAAGACAGCAUUUUCAACUGCAUUCCUACUCUCUACAAUCUCCUACAAGCACCAAAAGUAGAAGGAAAAAAAAGAACCAAAUUUAACCUUAGUUGUUACAAACACAAAAAGAUCCAUAUAUAAGCUGGACUAUUAAAAUGAGACGGAAAUGUACUGAUUCACAACUCCAUGAAUAAACUACCUGCAAAAUGUAAUGCUUAGCAUAAUGAUGGUUGGAGGGCAAGCUUUCAUAUGAAGAAACAGGAUUUUCUGAUGAAGAUUCAGAUUUCAGAAAAUCAUGUACCAUUUGGAACAGCUUCUCAUCUUCUAAGGUACCCAUCAAACCUUUUUUUUGUUUUUUGGGUUUUAAUUUCUUCAAUAAUUUGUUUGAUCUAGAGGAUCAAGACUUAUAUAACCAAAUGAAUGAAGCUUGAGUUGCUUCACUCAAGGGAAGUUGAAUGAAUGAAGCGUGUGAUGAGGACUAAGUACAAAAUGG